ACACACACACACACACACACACGCUCGCGCAAACACGCAAUUAUACAGACAAACACUCCUCCUCUCUCUCACUCUGGUGCUCGGCUCCGCACAGCUCCUUUACUCAUUCGCUGCUGAUUCACUCGCUCAGUCGCUUGCCUCCUCUGCCGGUCGCUCUGCCUUGCUGCAUUCUGCCUGCCUGCCUGAGAAUGGUCCAGCCGGUGCCUGAGGGUCUGCUGUCGCGGCCUGUCUGAACACACGCAUAAACAUACAGAGCCAGCCGCCACGCGGAAAACACACACACACUAACCGGAGAGCAAUGUGAGAGAGGAAGUGCCUUCCCUGAUGUCUGCUGCAGCUUUGACCUGCUUCUACAGCUGAAGCUCCACCCUCCCCUCUGCCUCGCUCGCUUGCUGCCACAGUAACACGAGUAAAAGGACAGCAAGCACAUCCUCCUCGCUGCCUACGCUUCGACGCAGUGGUCCCACUUCUGCCAUCACCAUCCACUCCACACAGCUGCGCUCCAGCCUCAGUUCUUCUCACCAGACGGCCCCCGCUGCUAAACGCUUACCACCAGCUGAACAGCCUUACCACCGCAGCCCAGCACACCACCAAGCCCACUCAGCAUCUCACCCACCUUGCCUUUCACCUUCGCCUUCAGCCCUUGAAGCCUCUGUUUAGUCCUCAGUGUCCUUAACCUUCCUGAAGCAGACGACAUCCGGACUGUCACCUUAGUUGCCUGCUUCCCUGCACCUCACCAGAGGGCUCACAGUUCGGCCUGCUGGUCUAUUUGCCAUCUUUGCAUUGGGAUGUUGUAGGAAGGUCAAGCCAAGACAGGCAGCUUGUUCAAAACGUAGUCUCCUGGAUAUAAUCUGUUGUUUGACCAGGAAAAUGACCCAUUAACAUCCACAGCAAAUGUCGUCCCGCAACAUUUCACUUUGGAAAAGGAGCCCUCUCAAUCAAUAGGAACUUUACUGUUUGAAUGUUUCAUUGCAGCUUAUCAAGGAAAGUAACGACGCCAACGAGUAAAUAAAACAGACCUUAAAAUUGUGGAUUUUUCUUAGAGGUACUUUGUCCACACCUGAACAUAUCUCUGCUAGGAAUAAUCUUUGCCAGAGUGUCGCCAUGGCAAUGAACAUAGCACAUAUCCGUGACACAAAGUGGCUGACACUGGAAGUAUGCAGGGAGUUCCAGAGAGGCACUUGCUCGCGGUCUGACCAAGAGUGCAAGUUUGCUCAUCCAGCCAAGAGUUGCCAGGUGGACAACGGACGGGUGAUAGCUUGCUUCGAUUCACUUAAGGGCCGUUGUUCCCGGGAGAAUUGCAAGUACCUGCAUCCCCCUCCCCAUCUAAAGACCCAGCUUGAGAUCAAUGGCAGGAACAAUCUGAUCCAGCAGAAGAAUAUGGCCAUGCUGGCCCAGCAGAUGCAGCUCGCCAACGCCAUGAUGCCCGGCACACAACUACCACCUAUGGUGAGGGGACAUACACGUAUGAACACACCACUGCUGCUGCCUAUGCCCAUGUUCUCGAUGACGCCAGGCUUGGCCACCAAUGCCAGUGCAGCAGCAGCCGCUGCAGCUGCAGCCUUUAAUCCCUACUUAAGCCCCAUGUCACCAAGCCUCAUGCCUCCAGAGAUCCUUCCCAGCACCCCGGUCCUCAUGGCCUCCAGCCCCAACGUCGGCCAAGUCCCCAACGCGGCCGCUGCUGCAGCGCAGAAACUGCUGAGAACAGACAGACUUGAGGUGUGUCGGGAGUAUCAGAGGGGAAACUGUGCUCGGGGGGAAAGCGACUGCCGCUUUGCCCACCCUGCAGACAGCACCAUGAUCGACACCAAUGACAACACUGUCACUGUAUGCAUGGACUUCAUCAAGGGUCGCUGCUCCAGGGAAAAGUGCAAGUACUUCCACCCGCCAUCCCACCUGCAGGCUAAGAUUAAGGCUACCCAGCAUCAGGUGAACCAGGCCACAGCCGCCGCAGCCAUGACUCAGUCGGCUGUCAAAUCACUGAAGCGACCCCUCGACGCAACCUUUGACCUGGGCAUCGCACCUAGUGUCAUGGCUCCCCUCCCAAAGCGGGCAGCCCUGGAGAAGGCCAAUGGGGCCUCUGCUGUGUUUAACACCGGCAUGCUCCAGUACCAGCAGGCCCUGGCCAGCAUGCAGUUUCAGCAGCAGGCUGCUUUCCUCCCAUCAGGCUCAAUAUUGUGCAUGACACCUACAGCCAGCGUUGUUCCCAUGAUGCACGGUGGUAGUCCAGCUGUGUCUGCAGCCACCACAUCUGCCACAAGCGUUCCCUUCGCAACUGCCUCCACCAAUCAGGACUCUUCCUUAUCAAAGUUGACUACCAACGAAUACAUGCAAUUGAUUCCAAUAAUAUCUGCAGAUCAUCUGAGUAGUCACAAGUACUUGACUCAAAUGUAGUUCCUCUCCAGAACAAUCAAAUGAAUGUGUGCUGGCACCGUCCACGCCAAAAAGAGCUCAGCCUUUAUGUACAUAACCUUCAGAAUGUCAAGCAAUGGGACAAAGAGGUUCUGCCAUCUCUUACCUGGUCCACAACGAUGGUCUCAUCACACAUGUAAACAUCAAGGGUACAACACACGACCUGUUCCAUCCUCCCGCAUAUCAAUAUCAGUUUGCUGUCAAAUUCAAUGUCCAGCCGAGAGAAGAGGAGAACUCGGUGCCCGAGUCAACGGGAAACGUAACACUUCUGCGUCUGAUUAAGUCAAAGCACUCAGUUAAUUUGCUCGGAUUCAUCAUCUUCACUGCAUGCACAGAAGGUCAAGAGCAUCGUUACAUGAGACAACAUCAGGACCCGGGACAUUAGUAGACCAACAGUUUUCUUUCUUUUCUUUUUUUUUUUUUUCUUUUUAUCUCCUGCUUUAUAAUUUAAUCGACAGCCAUAUAUGGUUUACAAGUGAAAUGCGAAUAUGCACCUUGAAUUUGAAUUGAAACCUAUCAGGCACAAUGAUUUUAACUGAAAUUUUAUCUGCCAAAUGCAUUGGGCAUGUAUAGUAUUGUGUUUUUUUUUAGGGCUACUAGUGAAACUAGAUGUUGAAAUGAGGGUCUUGGACAUAUGAAUGUUCUGGGUAAACCAACAUACCUGUGUACCUUGAAAGUGGAGCCAGGCUAGCUUUACUCGCCUUGUCGUGUGCCAUCAAGGCCAUACAGCUAAAGCCAGAGCGUUAUCUCAGCAGUGUUAUUUGUUUACCGAAGGUAAAUGUUUUAUAUGGCUCUUUUUGUAUUUUAUUUGCUUCCAGAGUCUUCAUUGUGAGUGUUUUUUUUUUAAUUCAUUAGUUUUUGAAGAGGGAUUUUCUCCAAAUUAUCAUUAUUUUUUUUAAUUAAAAUUGGUUGUGUUCUUUUUUUUUCUCUCAUGUUUGUCAUGCCUCUUUUCAUGAAUUGACGUUGUUUUUGUUUGUCAGAAUUAAGUCCGUAACUAAGUCCAUCGACUCUAAAGCCUGGAGAAGAAGAGAGAGUAGCUCCAGCUGGUGUUGAGUUACCUUGUUCCCCUCCUUCUCAAAGAGGAGCAGCUCAAAUGCUGCGUCUCCAAGAUGCACUUUUGAGCCGUGUGUGGAUGGAUUUUAAACACCAGACCCAAAGGUCUACUAGGUCAUUUAAAACCGCAUGUCAUGUGUUUGAGUGAUUAGUUGUCUGCUCAUCCCAUUUUGUUUUAUCAACCCAUCUUGCAUCAACCCUCAUUUUUGCAGAAAUACAUGACAUUAUAUGUUUGACUUGUAUUUCAAGUGAAACAUGAAGGUUCUCAUAAACUUCCAGAUUUGACUGCAGAUAACCAAAGCACAGUUUCUUCUCUCAGUCUUAUUAUCAUCUUAGAAACAUCUCUGAAGAGGCUUCAAGAAUUAAGGAAAUGCGUGUGUCAUCUGUCAUUCAUCUGUGUGUUUUAUAAUGAUUUCCUUUUUAUUUUGUAUUUUUUUAGAAGCGUGUGUCGUGUCUUUACCGAUUGUUAUGUACCUAACAAAGCCUUAGAUUACAAUUAACGGGUUUGUGCCCGAUCAAAUGUCCUUUCAAUCACCAUGCAGGUAAAGAAAACCAAUGAUGUUAUAUAGUUCUCACAUGGCGCUUAUAAUCUUUUUUGUUUUUGUUUUUUCUUUCUUUCUGUAAAAAAAGACAAUUACUCUCUUAAAUUUCAUUUAACUUACAUGUUAUGUACUACUUAAGGAUUUGAAUCUAUUUGAGGUAUGUAGUUUUAGAUUUUCUUUUUUUUUUGCCUUACUAUAUUAUUACUUGACAACAUUGAUAUAGCCGUUGUAGAUGUUAAGAUAGUACAACAUUCAUAACUUUUCAAACCAUAUAAAGGAUAAUAUGUUAAAUAUUCACUUCAGUCACAGAGCUGGAUGUCUUUCUCAGUUGAUGUUACAUUGUCACUUAAUUUUAUUGAUGAGAAUUUUUUUCAUACAAGGAAUGAGAUCAACUAAUUUAAUUUGUCUCUGAGUAGACAAAAUGUUUUAACCAACUUAAAUUUUCCUCGUACCAUGUCAAAGUCAUGUUUGAAAAUACUAUAUUGUAUUGAAAGAUAGACUGUCCGUGUUUUAGACUAAAAGUUAUUUUCUACUGUAUCCAUUUCAAAGAGAUAUGUUCUUUUUGUUUGAAUAUUUCUUAAGUUUGCCCUGAAUGUCAGGCCAAAACGAGCAGUGAGAUUGAUGUUGAUGUCUGGUGAGAUUUGGGGUGAGAACGUAAAGACUCCUCCUCUGCGGAGGAGUCAGGAAUUCUGCAGAUAAUGAGUGUGAACCUAAGGGACGAAGGUUGACUUUUUGCACUUCUGUAUAUAGUCAAAUGAACAGAGAAAAAAAAAAUGUGUAUCAUAUCGAGAUAUUAUUUUGAAUAAAAGAAAAGAUCUAUAAUUAUAAGGAAUUUUGUUAGAUUAAUUUAAAUUCUUAAAUUAGAAGACCAGCUAAAAUUUGCUUGCAAAGAAGGGCACUAGUUUCUUGGCCAAUGCAUUCAGAGAAAGCUAUGCGCUUUUUGUCUUAUUUUGUAGGAGGCUCGUAAUGCCAGGGAACAUUGCAGGGGAGUGGAAAUCCCCACAUCAUGCUAACUUCACACACCUCAUAGGAUGCCAUAUCCAGUAAAGUCCAAAUAUCAUUUGUUGGACUCGGUCGUGCAGUAUUGCGGCUCCCAUGGUACAGUUGAUAACAUAAAUCUAUUUUUUUUAGAUGUCUUCUAUUAUCGUUUGAUUUGACUGCAUGUAAAAGUACAACCACUUAACAAAAACAAAAAAACUGCAUAGAUAUGUAAGGAAAAAUAACACCUUCAGACUACAGAGUAUACAAUAUUCUCUCUCUCUCUUUUCUUUUCAAAUGAUACCAUAGAUAACAUCCACAGUGAGCAGAAAUAAUACUUUUAAAACAAGUCAUCUCAAGAUGAUUUAAAGAAUAAUAAUAAUACAUUAGCACUCAUCCACCCCAUAUAUGUUCUCAUAGAAAGAGAAUUGCAGCUGACACCGAUUCACGAACAGUCGUUCCUGCUUUCAUAGCUGUGCACUCAGCAGGCGAAGGCUCUUCACACCAAAUGCAUAUUUGGCUCAAUAGUCUUUAAAGUGAAUGUAAAAGUCAACAUGUUUUUGACUUGAGGCUGCUUUGCAUAGGCGCUACGGAACCAAAGUACCAAUUUCUCCAAAACCAGAUGUUCAGUAUUCUGGCUGUCUCUCUUCCCUGCUGGGCGCACAUGUACGCUUUGCCUUCUUUUUUUUUCUUUUUUUUUUUAACUUGUAAGUGCACCCACCACUUAUGUAUUUGCUAACAGUUGCCACACAAUAAUGUAGUAUUCUGUCUUCAGAUUUGUUUAUGCACAUUUUGUUGUUGCCAUAAUUGACUCUUGCUGUAUGAAUGAAAAAAAAAAUGAAUAAAAUAAUAUUUGAUUUGCUCAUGCAA